UACUAGCAGGAAUGGAAUUUUUAAAGCUAUAUUUUCUUUGCUUUAUUUGGUACAACUAUGUUCAAAUUCGGACAGAAAAGAGCGGUGUACCAUGUUUGACAAAAUUCUGCAGCUGUAGCAGAAAACAUAGUAGCGCAAGAUGUAGCCGUUUAAUGUAUAUUCCAAGAGUACCAAGUUAUGUAGUGGUAUUAGAAUUGGAAAACAACUUCUUAUCUCAUAUCAGUAUGGACACAUUUCGAAAUGUUUCAAACAAUAACUUAACAAGUUUAUCAUUCGUGAACAAUUCAAUAGAAGUAUUGACUGCAGAUGCCUUUAAGGAAUUGAAUUAUCUCAGACAUUUGAAAAUAUCACAUGAAACAAAAUUAACUAUUUCUUCUCUGAAAAUGUCGUUCCAAAAUGUCAACAAACUACGAAUGCAAAUAAUGUAUUUUAUAAACAAUGGAUGGACUAUGCUUCCUUUGGAUUUCUUCUCUGAUUUCAGAAAUUACACCUUGGAAAAACUAUCCUUUGACGACAACAUAUUCAGGAAUUUUAAUUGCAGUCUACUGUCUGAAUUUUCUGAGAUACACACACUAAGUGUUGAAAGAAAUGAACUUGUAUUUUUAAAUGCACGUGGUUUACACUCAGUUAUUAAUCUAAUUCUAAUUUCGAAUAAUAUAUUUGAGAUUCCAAAUUUCUGUGCUGAUGAAGGAGGGCAGUCGUUAGUACCCAACUUAUCUCUCCUGGAUCUAACAGAUAACGCAAUUCGUAAGUUAGGUUUAACAUCUUUUAGGUGUCUUGAAAAUCUGCGACAGCUUAUACUGGACGAAAACCGUGUUUUGGUUUUAGAAAAUGACAUUUUUUACCGUCUUACAAAUUUAAAAACGCUAUCGAUCAAUCGGAUGCCUCAUAUUUCAACAAUUAAACCAACAGCAUUUAGAUGCCCCUCUUUGAAAGUAUUAAAUUUUGUUCACAAUGAAUUCCAUUUUGAGAGAGCGAACAAAAACAAAACUUUUUCCUAUGAUCCUAGUGAACUUUUCAAACACGCCCCAAGUCUAAAAGAAGUAGAUUUAUCGAAUAAUCAUAUGACAAACGAUCCUGUUAUAUUUCGGAAAAUAUUUUAUCCACUGUCAAAUUUGACUGAACUGAGUUUACGAGCAUCGUUUAUUAGGAAAUUGCCAGAAAGAUUAUUUCAAAGGAUGUCGUUUUUAAAAACCCUGCAUCUAAAGGGUAAUAUAAUUACAACUUGGAAUCGAAGAGUGUUCGAAAAUCUGACGUCCUUAAGAAAUCUAUACAUGGAUGGAAACAACAUUCGAGUUAUUAAUGAAUCAUCGUUUCCGAUCGAGUUAUUACGAUCGUUGGAGUCAUUUGAUAUAUCACAAAAUAAAUUCUGGUGUACAUGUGCUCAGAAAUGGUUUGUUGAUUAUUUACGUUCCUCAAACAUUUCUACAAUACUAAAAAAUUGGCCAACUUUCUACAGGUGCGAAUACCCAGAGUACAAGAAAAACCUUCUUCUCGUGAAAUAUAAGCCAACAGACGCCAACUGCUCAACAUGGAGUCCGAUUUUUACAAUAAUCAUUGUUACUGUAGUAUCCAUUUUUCUCGUCACUGUGGUGUUAAUUCUAAUGUUUAAUUGUCUGGCAAACAUUCGUAAUUCAAUUUAUCUAUUUCGAGUUAUGAAACAGAAAAGGAAAGGAUAUGUCCGAGUAAAUUUCUCCGAAAGCUUUGAAUACGACGCGUUUGUGAUAUACUGUGGUUCAGAUCAACAGUGGGUUCAUUUGGAGCUCAUUAAGCACCUAGAAGAAAUGGACUUAAAAGUUUGCAUUCACCAGCGAGAUUUUGAUGUUGGAGUACAGGUCAUAGACAAUAUUACUAAGUAUAUUGGCAAAAGCUGGAAAGUAAUUGUUGUUUUGUCGAAUAACUUUACAGAAAGUGAAUGGUGCCAAUGGGAACUAGACCAUGUACAGGGAAGAAGACGACGCCAAGGGAAAGAUGCGAUAGUUCUUAUAAUGCAGAGUCAAAUAGAUUCAAGUCAUAUGACUAAUUCUAUCAGGUAUUUACUUGACAGGACGCCAUAUUUACGAUAUCAAAAAGGUUUAGGCGAAGACUUGUUUUGGUCUGCCGUUACGAAAGCUGUCAUGAAACCAUUUGAAAAUCCUCCUACGGCUAUCCUGUAGAGUUCAAAAUAAUAUACUGUUCUGUCCAAAAAUACACGGAAACUGUUCGUAUUCAGCAGCUUUAUAAAUUAUAGAUUAUUUCUUAUCAAAGUCCAUUCCAAUAUAUCUGACAAUUUGUUGAUAUCUGCUUGUCUUUAUGUACCAAGAAAAUACAUAUACUUAGAUUGACAGCCAAGUUAAAAAAAAGUCAUAAAUGUAAUAAACGGCAAGUUUGAAAUCUGUUUAGGGUUUUUAUGAUAAUCAAAUUUUUCACCUUA